AUGGAACCGACCUGCCCAUUCGAGACCCCCCUCUCGCUUACAGAGCGUGAUCGUCGAUCGACCCAGAGAUUGGCACAGCGGUGCAUCGAUGACACGUUGGCGGACUACGAGCACGUCCUGUCGAGCCUGAGUGGUUUACCCAGCGUCACUCGCUGGAAACCGGUCAAGAAAAGGAAAAACAUCGUGGUGUACAAGGACCAGCUCGCGAUGGAGGAGAUCAAACGUCGAAAGCGAAAAGCAAAGUCAUUUGGAGACGUCAUUGAGUUGACUCGCGUUGGAGAUUUACUGCCACGGAGCCUUGGUCCUGGGACAUUUCGAUCCUCGGCAACCCAUGAGACGGAUGUGAGCGAUCUUAAGGAGUUGAUCUGGAUGGGCACGGUCGAGUGUAAGCUCGACGAUCUGAUGUACGGCCUUGUCAGUCAGAGCGAUGAGGUGGUUCGUAUCAAGUCUUCGUACUCGGGUAACAACGUCCAGGACUUUGCUACGUUGGCGUCAUUGGAGACUUCGACACCCAGUGAUCCGUUCCAUGGACUGCAUCUCAAGUGGGAGGUAAACAACGCUCUUACCAAAGCUAAACCGGUGUGGCGAUGCCGCGACUUCGUGUACCUUGAGGCUACUGGAGUGACUACAAGUCGUUCGACCGGACACCGCAUCGGGUACCAGAUUCUGCACUCGCUCGAUGUGCGUGGCGUUCCUGAGCUUCCAGGACGCAAAUUGACUCGCGGCAAGAUGACAAUCUACCAGCUGUUCCGUCAGAAGUCCAAGGGUACCGUUGAAGUUUUCGCGAAAGCGAUGGUGGAUCUUGCUGGGGAUGUCCCUGCCAGUAUGGCGUCGUUCGCGACCAUCGAGGCGGCUGAUACUGUAAAUAAGGCGGCAAAGUGUGCUCGAAAGCGCAAACUAAAUUGGUUGCUGGCUACGGCUGACACGAAUUCGAUUCCCUCUACUACUGGCGAUUGCAACGAAUUGUGUUGUAGCGUGUGCGCACGAGAGCUCAAAAGUGUUUUUGGACAAAGGAGGUUUUAUGAGUGCCACAUUUGUACCGAGCGCGUGUGCCCUCGUUGCCAUGUUCGACAAAAGCUGAGCUUCAUCAAGGCGGACAACCGCUCCAUCGUUGUCAAGCAGAAAGUUAUUGAUUUGUGCACUCGCUGUGUUCACACAGCGACACAAAUGAACUCUCGACGCGUUGCGCUUGAGGAACGCGAUCGAGAGCACCCUGCAUCAAUGUACAAGUAUGUCCGUCGCCAGAAGCAGCCAUCGCAUGAAGAGAGCUCUUGUUUCGAAGAGUUUGAUCUCUCGAAAGCAACCGAGAAAGACUACUCAACACAUGGAACGAUUGGCUUGGAUCGCGCAUCGCACGUGCUUCACCGCCUUUUCUAA